AGACGUCCACGUUCCAAGUAACACAUAUCCAAAAUGAAAUUCCUGGUUGUCGCCGUUGCCCUCCUGGCCGUUGCCCACGCCGAUGUGUCCCACCUGUCGGGCUACAACUACGCUCCCGUGAGCAUCCCCCUCCCGGCUCCUCUGCCCGUGAAGGUGGCCCCCGCUCCCGUUCCCGUGAACACCUACAUCCCCCCAGCACCCGCAGCAGCCCCCGUCCAUAUUGAGGUUCCUGCCCCGGCACCCGUGCACGUUGAGAUCCCUGCCCCAGCACCCGUUCCCGUGAAGGUCGCCCCCGCUGCCCCAGUGAACAGCUACAUUCCCCCCGCACCCGUGCACGUUGAGAUCCCAGCCCCCGCACCCGUCAAGGUUGCCCCUGUGGCCCCCGUGAACAGCUACAUUCCCCCCGCACCCGUGAGCAUUCCAGCUCCAGCUCCGGUCUACCACCCAGCUCCUGCUCCCAUCAGCAUCCCAGCUCCAGCUCCGGUCUACCACUCAGCACCUGCUCCUGCUCCCAUCAGCAUCCCAGCUCCCGCUCCAGUGCACUCCGCCCCUGUGCAUUCCGCCCAUGUGCACGCCGCCCCUGUGCACUCCGCCCCUGUGCACUCCGCCCCUGUGCACUCCGCUCCUGUGCACUCCGCUCCUGUCCAGUCCGUUCUGGAGGAGAUCGAGCCCGUGUCCGCCGAUGGCUACCGCUACAAGACCGUCCGCCGUGUGGUCCGUCGCCGCCUGUAGAGAGCUACUCCUUUGCUGAUCCCUGCCAGGGAGAAGUUUAUUCAAUAAAACGAAAAUAGA